AUGGCGACAGAAGAGUACUCAACAUAUAACUUUGCGGUGUCAAUGUCCUACCAAGAUGUCAAUUCUUCAAAAGAACUACCAAACGAUAUAUUUGCCGUACAGUCGUCUGGUAACGUAACUGUUAAUAACUCCAUUUGUCCUGUGUGGUUGGAACCACAGCACGUACUCUUCCAAGUCGGGCAUGUUAGCCUUGCCAUUGCCUUCCUUACACCAAAGGCAUUUGCUCAACACGCACUUUUCCUGAGAUGUGUCUUCAUAUUCGCUUUUCUUUUCCUGUUUGUAUGGGGAAUAACAGUUUCAUGCAUGCCUGAUUACUUUGGAUGGAAUUUCCUGUAUUUUCUAAUAAGCAUUGGUCAACUUCUGCGCAUAUUUUACAACGUAUGGCCUGUACAAAUAGGAGCCGAACUGGAAGUUGUGUAUGCCGAAUUGUUUGAGCCCUUGCGUGUUACACGAAAGCAGUUCAGAAAUUUCACGAAAAUUGCUUCAAUAUAUGGACUUAAAGAAGGCGAAUUCUACGCCCGUGAAGAUGUUACGCCCGGUGAUGAACGGGUUUCGCUACUGCUGUGUGGCAGAAUGAUCACAACAUGUGAGGGCAUACCUCUUCAUCAAGUACAUGCGACUGAAUUCUUGGAUUCCCCGGAAUGGAUAUCAAUCAGCCAUGGCUCGGGUGAUGCGUUCCUCGUUUCAAUCCGGGCGUUGUCCAACUGCCGCUUUUUAACAUGGCCUCGACACCAGCUCACGCGUUAUUUAUCAAAGAACCAAUUCCUCAAAGCCGUGUUAGAAAACGUUAUUGGUAAAGACGUUUCCUCCAAAAUGCAAGUGGUGAAAGAGCAGAUUUUGCUACAAGGAAUGCACAGACACAUAGAUCUAGCUGAGAGCAAAGAGAAGUUACAUUCUGGUGGUUACCAUAGCAUUACUUCAGAACUGUCUAUUAUCGAAGAAGCAAUACCGUCAGCACAUGACGUCAGCAAAGCAGAUCACUCCAAUCAUGAAGAAGACAGAGAAUCAUCGAGAAGUCAAGAGCCGUCGGUUGAGAGUAACCUGUAAACUUGAUGUCAUUAAAAUGUCAACGCUUGAUCGAGUGAUAAAAUUCCUUUGUGCGUCGUAUUAUUGAUUAAUGAUAAUACGUUUGUUAUCUUUAACUUCCACUUUAAGUGGUCCGCGGCCUAGAAUCUAUGCGGCGUUCUGCUCGCCAUACGUCACUCCAUUUACGCCUAACUACAAUGCUGGCGAUAUCUCAUUACGCAUUCAUAUUCAUGUCAAGACACGCGCCAGGGGAGAUCGUCAGCGCCUAAUAUAGAUAUAUUGUAUUGCACAG